AUGAUGGAGCAUCAAGAUGGAAAUCACCCUAAUGAUCUUAUGAAACAAAAAGUUGUCCAUGUUUGCAUUGAUGGAAAGAAUGGAGCUGAUAAAAAUGGCUUCUUUCCUAUUCACAUGGCAUCUAGUAAAGGUCAUAUAGAUAUAAUCAAAGAAUUUCUGCAGCAUUGUCCAGAUUCAAGAGAGUUGAACAAUAAUCAAAAUCAGAAUAUUCUUCAUCUAGCCGCAAAGAAUGGAAGAGCCAGAGCAGUAAGAUAUAUGCUAAAGAAUCCUCAACUUCAAAUUUUGAUAAAUGAAAGAGAUUGCGAAGGAAACACUCCUUUACACUUGGCCACAAAGGGUAGUCAUCCUAUGGUUGUUAGCAUUUUGACAUGGGAUGCCAAAAUUGACUUACAACUCAUGAAUGACGAAGGAAAGAUGGCUCUUGACGUUGCUGAGAGUUUUAGUUCUACGCUGCCCUCGUUUCGUGAGCGAUUGACAUGGCAAGCCUUGAGGCACGCCGGUGCUCCACGAGCUCAGAGCACAAUCAUUGGCAUGCCUAUUGACCCCCAAAACUCGAAACCAGAAGAGAAUAUUGUGGAACAAGUGCAGACACAGACGCCAUACAUGGAAUUUUACAAGGAUAGGGUUAAUACUCUUCUGUUAGUUGCAACGCUUAUUGUCACUGUAACUUUCGCUGCCGGAUUCUCGGUGCCAGGCAACGAUAAUGACAGCUCGGAGCCAAGCCAUGGAAUAAUGAGAAGCGCAGUCUACAGCAAGUUCAUGUUUCAUACAUACAUAAUCAGCAACUACAUAGCUUUUUAUAGCUCCUCUACAGCUGCUGUUGCCAUAAUUUGGUCACAAUUGGGUGACCUUAAUUUGGCAAGUACUUCCCUUAGAUUCACGGUACCAUUGUUGGGAUUAGCUCUGACCAUGGUCUCGAUAGCAUUCAUGGCAGGAGUUUAUUUGGUAGUGAGCAAAAACAUAGGGCUUGCCACAUUUGUCUUGGUCAUGGGCUUGAUCGGCAUCCUUGCUAUAUCACUAGCAUUUGCUCCACUUUUUUUCCCAAGUUCCUCACUCCAUCGCAUUCCACGCUACAUUUUAUAUUAUCCCUUCCAUUUGUUGGUAAUAGUUACAAGGAGUGAUGUUGAUGACAAUAAUAUAAUCUAA